CAUGACUUCCGUUCAUUAUGUAAAUAGUAAAGAUGGCGGCUUCUUGUAUGCUGCGAGCCAUCCUCAGCCGAACUCUCAGCCGAUCCAGAUGUUCUGGAGGGGUCAGGUGGCCUUUGACCUCUGCUCGGGUUGUUUCUGAUGCGAGACGCCGCGCAGCAUGCUGGGAAGCUCAAAGCAGACGUCAAGACGGCACAAAAUACCACCGAAGAAGAGGAGGUUUGUGGGCGGCAGUCGCGUUCUCCCUGUUCAGCUCCACCAAUGAAGACCAGAGGGACGAAGCUCAGAGGAAGGAGGACGACAUCAUUCUGCUGCUGAAGAAAGCCAAGCUCAGCCUGCAUCGAGGAAACCUGCAGGCAGCUUCGUCCUUCUUCCACCAGGCGGCAGCACUGGCCCAGCAGACCCACAACGACCAGGCCGUCAUCUACACCUACAGCCAGAUGGCGAACCUGGCCUACAUUCAGGGUCAGCUGGACACUGCAGAGAAGCUCUUCAAAGCAGCCAUGAGCUACAUGCUGGCAGGAGGAACUCCAGAGGACGACAACGCUGUCAUUGAGAUGUCUCUGAAGCUGGCCACCAUUUAUGCUGAGCAGAACAAGGCGGAGCUGGCCGAACACGGUUUCAGGUUCUGUGUGGAAUCACUGGAGGCGAAACUGGAAAAGCACAAGAAGCAGCCAGACGACGAGAAGACAGAGGGGACAGGUGAGACAGAGCAGCAAGAAGCUCUAAGAAAAGACACUCGCCUUCUGCUGGGUUUGUGUUUGGACUCGCGAGCGCGGUACCGAGUCUCACGGAUGGAUCUGGACCUGGCUGGACACGACUACAGGAAAGCCCUGGACAUCUGCCACCAAGAGCAAGGACAGGAUCACCCACAGACUCUGGUCCUGAUGAGCGACUUGGCCACCAUCUUGGACCUGCAGGGUCGUCAUGACGACGCAUUGGUUCUGAUCCAGCAGGCGGUGGACCUUAGCAUCUCCGUGGAAAAUCCGGAUCACCACCUUCUGCUGGAGAACCUGGCAGGGAUCCUGAUGCACACAGGCCGGCUGAAUGACUCUGCCCGUUUCUAUCAGGAGGCUCUGGACCGGGCCCGGCAGGCGGGAGACCGGGCCGCGCUGGAGCGGAUCCAGGACGGGCUGGAGGAGCUGAGGAAGAGGAGGAGCCAGGCGACGAAGGACAAGCAGGACUGACCCGGUUCUGAUGACCUGUUCUGGGUCCAACAUGUGUCCCAUUGUUGUUUUCCAUCAUGUCUCCAGAACCUCCAGAACUUCUGACCCAUUACGUGGUUCUGUUUCGGAGCGGAUGCAGCUCUGUGUUUUUUGUGUGUGUGGGUGUGUGCAGAUUCCCACAGGUGAGUCGCCCUGCUGUGUUUACGGAGUGCGUCUCCGUGACGACAAUGAGGGGGCGGGGCUAAGAACAGCUGUGUGUUUUGACAACAUGAGUUUAAAUAAAUGAUGUUUGAUG